ACAUGCAAAAUCUAUUCACUCUCCGUCCGAGAAAUACUUUCACAAUGCCGCAGCGCCGCAAACACAUGCCGUGACAACCGCUGGUAUUGGAAAGACUUGAACACUUUAACAUUUUUCGGUCCGCGAAGCUGGAACUAAAACUCCGAUCAAAACAUGGAGCUGCCUUACCGACGUCCUGCCCAUCAGUGCUAACGUUAGCACUGCGAGCUAACAGCUGGUCAGUCUCUCAGAUAAAGAGGAAUUGAGUAUCAUUUUCAUCAAUCGUGUUGUGUUGGAACCUGUUCUUGGUCGCACAGCAGAGAGCUUCGAUUAUUUGCAAAUAGGACAAUCCGUUAAUCUGUAUCUAAAGGUAAACACGUAGCUUUCUCUUUAGCUUUGCAGCUGUUAUUGUCUGUUAUAGCAGUGCCAAAGUAAAGCUAGCUAACUAUCCUUAUAUUUGUUGAUGAAUGGGGUGGAGCGGUUAGUAGUAUUGCCACGCAGGCUAGAAUCACGUUUCAGUUUAGGAAGACGGUGUCAGACAAAAUGGUGUUAAGGAGUUGCUGGAAGUCUCGACAUAAAAACAGCUGUGGACCUGCUGGUUGGAUCCGACCAGCCCUGCUCUGGUUCUGUGUGACCCAGUGUGUUUGCGGCAUUGGGGCGGUUGAGGAGAGUACAAAUGUGGUCCAGAAAGAAGCCGAGUUUGAUGUGACAUACAAUGACACUGUAACAAGUCAGAACCAGACCAUCUAUGCUUUUAAUCACACUAUCUCCAGGAACAAGACGGAGGGAGUUCGUGUGACUGUGGACGUGUUGUCACGAGGUUCUGAUAGUCCCAUAUUGUUUGUGGUACGACAGAAGCAAGCUGUGCUGUCCUUUCAAAUCCCUCUCAUUUUAAGAGGCCUAUACCAGAGAAAGUAUCCCUACAAUCAUGUGGGCCGGACAUUGUGCCAGCCUCCGACCCGGGCCUCCUCGGAGAACCAGUUCUUCUUUGUGGACGUGUCCACCCUGUCCAGCCAGGGAACAAACUACCAGCUCAGGGUCAGCCGUGUUGAAAGCUUCACCCUGCAGACGGACACGAAAUUCAGCUUCACCGCGUCACCCUCCCAACCUCAGUACUUCAAGUAUGUCUUCCCAGAUGGGGUGGACACUGUGAUCGUCAAGGUCAACUCGGACAUGACCUUUCCCUGCUCCGUAAUGUCCAUCCAGGACAUCCAGUGUCCAGUCUAUGACCUUGACAACAAUGUGGCCUUCAUUGGGAUGUACCAGACUAUGACCAAAAAAGGCGCCAUCACAGUGCAGAGAAAAGAUUUCCCCAGCAACAGCUUCUAUGUGGUGGUAGUGGUAAAAACAGAGGACGAGGCGUGUGGCGGUCCGCUGCGAUUCUACCCUCUCCGUCCUGAUGAGCUCAUCGACGCCGGCAACCGCAGCAAGCUCAUCGAUGUGGUUGUCACCCCUGCUAUCAACUCGGAGGUGUAUGUGAGGGGCAUGCUGUUCAUUCUGGGCAUCUUCCUCUCCUUCUAUCUGCUCGUAUUGCUCAUGACCUGUGUGGAGAACAAGCGAAUGAAGAAAAGAGAGGCGUUUCAGAUUCCUGCCGACAUGUCGCCCGCGGAAACAGCCUCUCUGCUUGGGAAGAACGGAGAUGGCCAAACUCCAGCCUCAGCGUAUGAAUAUGGAUCCUUUGCUGACAACGUUAGCACUCUCAGUUCAGAGGCCAUCACUGACAGCGCCACAUCCACUGACAACAACUAUGGAUACAUAGGACAGAAGCCUUUCAAACGUCGCACAAUCCUCUAUCACCUUCACCACAUAGCCAUCCGCAUCGAGCGAUCGCUGGACGGCGUUGGACGAAGCAGGCACGAGUCUCUGAGCUCUGUGGAGGAGGACGACUAUGACACGCUGGACGAUAUCAACUCAGACAAAAACAUCGUCCGCACCAAGAAAUAUCUAUGUGUGUCUGACCUGUCCCGCAAAGACAAGAGGAUUCUGAGCAAGAAAUACCAAAUCUACUUCUGGAACAUUGCUACUAUUGCUGUGUUCUAUGCACUGCCAGUCGUCCAGCUGGUCAUCACCUACCAGACGGUGGUGAAUGUAACAGGAAACCAGGACAUCUGCUACUACAACUUCCUGUGUGCCCACCCUCUGGGAGCUCUGAGUGCGUUCAACAACAUCCUCAGUAACCUCGGUUACGUGCUGCUGGGAUUCCUCUUCCUCCUUAUCAUCCUCAAAAAAGAUAUCGUCCACAAUCGGGCCCUGUUCCGCAACGAUUUGAACGCGCUGGAGUGUGGUAUCCCAAAGCACUAUGGUCUGUAUUAUGCCAUGGGAACGGCUCUGAUGAUGGAGGGUCUGCUCAGCGCAUGCUACCACGUCUGUCCCAACUACACCAACUUCCAGUUCGACACCUCCUUCAUGUACAUGAUUGCUGGGCUGUGUGUGUUAAAGUUGUAUCAGAAGAGACACCCAGACAUCAACGCAAGUGCUUACACUGCAUACGCCUGCCUGGCCGGGGUCAUCUUCUUCUCUGUGCUGGGAGUGGUAUUUGGGAAAGGAAACACGGUCUUCUGGAUUGUUUUCUCUGUGAUCCACAUCCUGGCCACCAUGCUCCUCAGCACACAGCUCUACUACAUGGGCCGAUGGAGGCUGGACUCUGGGAUCAUGCGCAGGAUGUUGAACAUCCUCUACACAGAUUGCAUCAGACAGUGCAGUGGACCCAUGUACAUUGACCGUAUGGUUCUGCUCGUACUGGGAAACAUAAUCAACUGGUCUCUCGCUGCUUUUGGACUCCUAGAGCGACCCAACGACUUUGCCUCCUACCUGUUGGCCAUCGCCAUCUGCAACCUGCUGCUCUACUUUGCCUUUUACAUCAUUAUGAAGUUGAGGAGCGGUGAGAGGAUCGGAUGUCUGGCGUUGGUGUGUAUUCUGUUCACAGCUGUGGUGUGGGGCUUCGCGCUGUUUUUCUUCUUCCAGGGUCUCAGCACCUGGCAGAAAACUCCAGCGGAGUCUCGCGAACACAACCGGGACUGCAUCCUGCUUUCAUUCUUUGAUGACCACGACAUUUGGCACUUCCUCUCCUCCAUCGCCAUGUUCGGAUCCUUCCUGGUCCUUCUGACCAUGGACGACGACCUCGACACCGUCCAGAGAGACAAGAUCCUCGCCUUCUAGACGUGUCAGAUCUUCUGAGCUCAGCU